GGAUUGUUAGGGAAAAAACCUACUUUUCCAAGUUUCGCUUUUAAUCGUUCCACUCUAUAGACAUCGAUGAUGUGUCGAGAAUUAAACAAAUUGUAUGUGUAUGUGUCGAUGUCAUAAUCGAUUUUUUUUUGGACUUCUUGUCGGUGCUGCCAAACCUCGUUUGUUUACUCGCUUUGACGUUUGAAUACACGUGCCCCAGAUAUAAACAAUUUUACAGUUUUUAAUUUUUUUGAAAAAUUUACAUUAAACAGAUUUGUAAAAAUAUGCCACCUAUAGCACAAGAGGGAAAUAGCUUAAUUUAUAAAGGCAGCAACUUCUUGAAACAGCGACUUAUACUUUCCUGCCUUAGUGGAAAACCUGUGAAAAUUACACAUAUUAAUUUAGAUGAUGAUAAGGCUCCUGGUCUUCGAGAAUACGAAAUAGGUUUCAUACGGCUACUUGAUAAACUAACAAAUGGGACCAAAAUUGAACUUAAUCCAUCGGGAACUUCAAUACUCUUCACACCAGGUUUGUUAUAUGGCGGUGCAUUGCAACACGACUGUUGCGUGUAUCGUGGUAUAGGCUACUUUUUGGAUGCAUUGAUAGCCCUUGGCCCAUUCUGUAAAAACCCAAUUAACGCAACUCUAAAAGGUGUUACAAAUAGCAAAGAUUCGCCAUCCAUAGAUCACAUUAAAGGGUCAGCGCUACCUGUUUUAAAACGUUUCUUAAUUGUGGAUGAUGGACUAGAGCUAAAAGUAGUACGUAGAGGUGUCCCUCCUCUUGGCGGUGGUGAAAUCCAAUUUCGAUGUCCUGUGCGAAAAAAUUUGCGGGCACUGCAAUUACAAUCACAAGGCAUGGUAAAACGAAUACGCGGCACAGUAUACGCUUGCAAAGUAUCGCCAGCAAUGGCUAAUCGUACGGUUGAAGCAGCAAAAGGAGUGAUGCUAAAGUUUUUGCCUGACGUGUACAUCUACACAGAUCAGAAUCGUGGUAAAAUGUCUGGUAAUUCCCCUGGAUUCGGUAUUUGUUUAAUAGCAGAGACGACAGACGAUGUUAGUUACGCCGCAGAAAGCAUAUCAAAUAGCAAAGAUGAUGGAAACGAUCCGUCAGUACCUGAAGAUUUGGGCCGUGAAGCUGCGAUGAAGUUGCUUGAUGAAAUUUAUCGCGGAGGUUGCUGCGACUCUUCGUAUCAGUGGCUUGUUACUCUAUUCAUGGCGUUGAGUCAGAAAAAUGUUUCAAAAUUCUUGACUGGUCCACUUUCCACGUAUACCAUACACUUUCUGCAAAAUUUGCGCGACUUCUUUUCUAUAACAUUCAAGUUGGAAAAUCCAAAAAGUGACGAUGAACAAGAUGCACUGCCAGGGGCGCAAAAAGUACUGAUGACAUGCGUGGGUAUCGGUUACACGAAUAUUAGUAAACGUGUCAACUAAAUGGAUUUUUAUACAUAUAUGUAUUAGAUCGUAUCACAAGAAAAAGUUCAAUUUGAUCCAAGAGAUUCUGAAUACUCACUAUGAGUGUAUUAAAAAAGCCUACGUACAUACAUGGGCUAAAAAAAAAGAGGUAACCUUUGUAUUAUUUAGCUUUAUUUUUAUUGUUUUAAACAAGAUGGUUGCUUUUGGACACAAUUCAUAAACGUAUACUUGAAGCCUCAACAAAAAUGUGUGUGGCUAUCGAAGAUCGAAAGUGAAAUUCGUAUUAUGAGCUAUGCAAGUGUGUCGAAAUUUUCGUUAAGCAUCGAAUUUUUUGGCGAACAGGGCCUGAAUCGCUGAUAUCGAACGUAACUCGAAUCGAAAUUCGAUUAUGAGAUCGCGGCAUUCGAUAGCGAGUGUGCUUCAUUCGUUUAAAUUGUAUUGUGGAGAAAGCAGCUGCCAUUUUGUUUCAUUCGAUUCGAAACGAGUAAUCACUCGAUCACGAAUGCCGCGAUUCGGGCCCAGAAUUUUGCUUUCGUUGGUGUAGCGAAGUGUCAGAAAAUUGUGAAAAAUUUAUGAUUUU